AUGCUAGAUGUCUUGCUGGAGGAAGGCUUUGUCCUUUCGCAUUUCAGUAUUACUUUUGUGCUGACCACACCCACACGCUUCCGAUGGAUGUCCGAAGCCCCGAUCCGUUUUGUAAGUAAUUGCUUACGGUUUUUCUGUAAUUUAUGUAGGUCCGUCGGUAAAUCUGAAUAUAGAUUAAUAUUACUUUCAGAGAUUUAUAUUCUUCGUACUACAGCUGUGGUGCGGGACCGAGAUCGAAACGGAUUUGUGGAUGAAUUGGUGCAGAAGGGAGAGCACUGCAAUCGCUCCACACUUGAUGACAAUGGAAUUCUCUGUGAUCAUUCGUAGUUGUAAAGUCGGUAAAUACAUGUACUUGACUUCUUCGAUGUCAAUGGUUUUCGCCUUCUUCUUCGAUGUCAAUGGUUUUCGCCUUCAGGCCACAUUUGGUUGGUAAAGGAU